CGAAUUUUUGUCCGACAGGUUUUCCUCUAUGACACACUAUUUUGAUGCCUCGUAAGAAGCCUUUCAGUUCAAAACAAAAGAAGUUUCAACUGCAAGACAAACGGCAAAGAAAGAAGGAAUCCACUCAAGAUGAAGAUGAUACUGAAGAUAUUGAGACCGCUGGUCAGGAUUCAUCACAGUCACAGAAAAAAUUGAGAAAGGGCAAAUCAGGACCUAUUCCUGACAGGAGAACUGAUCCGAACAGAUACCGUCUGCAGUUCUUUAAAGAGAGUAAUGAAGAGAUUGAUCGUCGAAAGAAACUGGCUAGAAGACCUCUACGUCACUUACCAGAGGAAGCAUUAGAAGUGAAUAUAGAUCAGGUGUACCAGCCAGGAUCUGUGCUAGACCUCCCCAAACGACCUCCAUGGAACUACUCUCUCAGCAAAGCCAAGUUGGAGGCCAGGGAACAGAAUUACUUUCAAGACUACACAGAGGCCAUCUUUGAAAAAUACUCUCCAGAACAGUUGAGCUACUUUGAGCUGAAUCUAGAAACUUGGCGGCAGUUAUGGCGAGUGUUGGAGAUGUCAGACAUUCUGCUCCUUAUCCUGGACAUCAGAUAUCCAGUUCUACACAUGUCACCAGCAUUAUACCAUACAGUGACCCAUGACCUCGGCAAGUCAAUCAUCAUCAUCCUAAAUAAGGUUGACCUGGCCCCACCUCCUCUGGUUAUUGCAUGGAAGAAUUUCCUGCAGGAAAAAUAUGAAAAAGUUCACAUUGUCUUGUUUACUUCAUAUCCAAAUGAGGCUCUGGCAGAGGGAGGUAAUGAGACUAAAGCUAAGAUGAGACGAAAGCGUGGAGGUGGGGCAUGGACCAGGGCCAUGGGACAGGGUCAGCUGCUCAGUGUCUGCCAGGAUAUUGUUGGUGACAAAGUUGAUCUGCGUAGCUGGCAAGACAAAAUGGUUUCAGUCUCUAGUACUGUUAAAGAGGAAGAGGAAAUAGCCGAUUCAUCAGUGGUUGGGGGAGAGGAUGAUGAUGGCCUCUAUAAACAAGGGGACACAACUCUGUUCCAAAAUGGAGUUCUUACUAUUGGAUGUGUUGGUUACCCUAAUGUUGGGAAAUCAUCUUUAUUGAAUGGACUAGUUGGUAAAAAGGUGGUCAGUGUGUCAAGAACCCCUGGCCAUACCAAACAUUUCCAGACUAUUUUUCUAACCCGAACAGUGAAGCUGUGUGACUGUCCAGGUCUGGUGUUUCCAUCACUCAUUGACAAAUCAUUACAGAUAUUGGCUGGUAUAUACCCCAUUGCACAAGUGCGUGAGCCAUACUCGCCUGUAGGUUUCCUGGCAGAGAGAAUAGAUGUUGUGAAACAACUCUGCCUAAAACAUCCACACUACGAAGGGAAUAAAGCUCAGUCCCAGAUAGAAUGGAGUGCAUAUGAUAUAUGUCAAGCCUGGGCUGAGAAACGAGGAUUUAUUACCGCCAAGUCAGGCAGACCUGAUCUUUACAGAGCAGCCAAUAAUUUGCUGAGGAUGGGUCUGGAUGGUCGUCUUUGCCUGUGUCUGAGACCCCUUGGGUAUGCUGAAAAUAAAGGGCAGUGGGAUCAGCAUCCAGAAACACUAAAGCUGAUCAGUGACCUGGAGUUUUACAGAGUCAAUGAUGAUGUGUCUGAUGGAGAGGAUGAGUCUAGCGAUGAUGAAUUGGGGCAUCUAGUUCUAGAACAGGACUCCGAUGAUGAUGAUGAAGGAGGAAGUGAGGAAGAAGAAGAGGAAAAUAAAGAUGAAUCUAAAUAUGUGUCCAAUAAUCCUUUUGCACUCUUAGACAGUGAUGAUGACUGAAGUUCUUCACAGUUCUUACAGGUCUUAUAUUGUCACUGACUAAAUAUUUUGGUAGCAAAUUAAACUAGCCCUGAGGGUCAGUGUAUACUACCUGCAGUGAGAUAAUGAUCAUGAAACAGUCUUAGAUUUCAUUCAAAAUCUAACUUAUCCAUAAAAUAUAAAUUCAUGGAAAUCAGGUAAACGUUUUGCAAUGCUGUAGAUGGAAAAAAAAUGUAAGUGAUAAAAAUUGAAUGAUUUCGAUAGGAUUUAAAAAGAAAAAAAAAAAAAAACACCCUCUAAAUUUUUACAAAGAAACACCAUACAGUUGAAUUUAUAGCUGGCUGUCUGUUUUUGCGGAUUGGUCACCUAAGACAAAGUUUCAAGUGACCAUUUGCUUUUGCAUUUCCCUCAUAGGGCGUUGUACAUCAUCAGUUAUAGGUCGAUAACAAUCAUAAUUUUUUAAUUCUUCUGAAAGACCCCUAAAUUUUGUGCAGAAACCUUUACAGGUUAAAGGUGAACCAAAAUGAUGAAUUCUAAUGAUAGCAUUUGACUUACAUUAAAAACAUUGUCUGAGCCUUGUCUUCUGUAUAACUAAUCAUAGAAAUUUAAUACUUGGGAUAAAGGUUAACAAUGGUGAGCCUUUGUAUAGGUAGGGGACUGUGAUUAGUUGAAUGACCUAUUUUAUAAUAUAUCCGUAGAUCUGGUUUAGCUUUAAGUAUGAACUUUAUUUUCAAGACUAUGACACCUUUGCAGAAUUGAAUAAAAAUUAAAUAUACUUUAUGCACUAUGCAAAAUAUUCACAAUUUUGUACAUUGCUUUAUGCAUUUAACUUAGCUGCAGGUGUGUUAUGUACAGAGAUUAUGUGUCAUGCCUAUUGCAUGGGAAGGUGGGUGAAGGAAGUUUUAAGUUUUAUACUACAAUCUAAAUGUUUAUGUAAUUUUACAGUUAGUAAUAUCAAUCCAGCAAUUGGAGUGAAAUUCAUCAGUUUGGUAUUAUGAAUGUGCCUUGAAAUGAAUGAUGUUUGAUCCAAUUUUGUUUCAAUAAGAUCGACCAUCACCACAACUUCAUAUGAAAGAGAGACUGAAAUAUUGCCAAUAGUAUACAAUGUAAGAUUUUAGCUUUAUAAGCUGUACAGAUUUCAAGAAUGUCCCAUUAGCAGAAUUUGUUACAUGUAACAUGUUAUUUAAGUAAAUGUGAAUGUUGAAUUUCCUGUUUAAAAUAUUGAAAUAAAUAAUGGUUUGAUCAACAUAACCUAUAAUAUGUAGUAUUACAUACUUGUGUUUCAGUUGGACUCUUAAUCUUUGCAUAAAUCAUGUUUAUUAUUGAAAUAAAUCUUAUGAUAUAGAUAAUA